AACCUCCUAAUCCUAAUAAGUAAUAAACCACUCUCUCUCUCUCUCUCACCCACUCACUCACUUUCUCUGUCUCAACCAAAUUUUCUCUUCCAAUUUCCAAGUGCUGUAGCACGUUCUCAGUGCUCUUCAUCUUCCUCUUUCAAUAGUUUAAAAAAUAAAAAAAUAAAAAGGAAAGCGUUUCCUUUUUCUUCGUUCUAUUCAGCAUCGUAGACUCCAAAGAGUUACACAAACAGACACUCUUUCCGAUCACCGACAACAACGUAAGUUAAGCCAAAAGCAGUCACUAUGACAGACAGGGUCUACCCUUCCGCCAAGCCCGCCGCAAGCGGCAACGGCGCCGCCGCCAACCCAUCUUUUCCGGCGACCAAGGCCCAACUCUACGGCGCCACCCGUCCCACUUACCGCCCCCAACCCCACCACCGCCGCCGUAGCCGCCGCCGAUGCUGCUGCACCUUGUUCUUCUGGCUCAUCCUCAUCAUACUUGUCCUCCUUCUCAUCAUCGGCGUUGCCGGCACCGUCUUCUACUUACUCUACCGCCCCCACCGCCCUUCUUUCACCGUGACAUCGCUCAAACUCUCGUACCUGAAUCUCACCUCCUCCUCCACCCUCAGCUCCAAAUUCGACCUCAACGUCACCGCCACCAAUCCCAACAAGAAGAUCCUCUUCGCCUACGACCCCACCUCCAUUUCCAUUCUCUCCGGCCACGUGGACAUCGGCGACGGCACCAUCCCGUCGUUCCUGCACGGGAAGAAGAACACCACGCUGCUUAAAGCUUCGAUCUUGAGCAGUGGGCAGGCACUGGCGAGUGAUGACGCGUCGCGGUUGAAAUCUAGCAUGAAGAGCAAGAGUGGGUUAGCGUUGAAUGUGAAUUUGGAAACGAAGGUGAAGGCCAAGAUGGGAAGCUUCAAGACACCCAAGGUCGGAAUCAGAGUCUCUUGCGACGGAAUUAAGGUCACUCUCCCCGCCGGUAAGAAGCCGGCGACGGCGUCCACUUCCAACGCCAAGUGCCAGGUCGAUGUUCGGUUCAAGAUCUGGAAGUGGACCGUUUGAACUACACCACCAUCACAGCGUCGAAGAACAGCAUAGAGAGAGCAGCUGGGGUUUCCGUCGGUGACAGUUGUUAGCAUGUUGUACACUAGUAUAUUUUUUUUGCUUCAAAGAUUUGUAUUUUUCUAUUUUAUUUUGUAUGUACUUUAU